CCGGCGCUUCUGAGUCGGUUCCUGGGCGGUAAUGGCGCCGGGCUCUUAAAACGGCUUGGGAGGGGGGGAGGAGGGGGGCUCCACUUCAUCGCAGCUCUCAAUCCCGAAGGUUUGUGGGGAUGAGCCGACAAGCUCAGUCGCCGCCAGGAAGGAGGAGGAAGGAACGGAAGCGGCGAUAGAAUAGGUGAAACAACAGAAUGUGGAGCAAAAAAGCAAAUGAAUUUACCUUACACAAUCCAAAGUUCUCCCAAAACAGGAAUUCCAUUAGAGAUUUAACAACAGCAUGGAAUUCUUUUUCACAAACAAAGGCAACAUUGCAGCAUAUUGAGAACAAAUUGGAAGUAGCUCCUAUUAGCACGGCCAGAUUGGAUACUGUCAUGGAAAAAAAGCCAUCAAUUAGUACUACCAGGAAAAUAAGCAGGAAAGGAUGCAGGUCUUCCAGUCAAAACAAGGAAAGUUCUUACCGCAGGCCUCUUCGUGCUACCACUUUGGAUAGCAAUGUGAGUAAGAAGGGACAUGUUGAAUUUCGUCAGCCCCUGUCUUCUUUCAGAGAUUCUCCGUGGUCACCAUCUUAUGAAAUCUCUUGCCAAUUGGAGGCCAGACCUCUGAAGUAUAAAGAAGCAGGGAAUAAAGCUGAAGGAAGUGGUAUGAUCCAUGAUAAAGGAGAACCAGAUUUGCAUGGCAGAGAUUUGAAAAGCUCGUCUUUUACAGAAGAAACUGUUGUUCGCUAUUUGAAUGAUCAUCCAGCAAUUAAUGCUUUGCAAAGUUCAGAUGUGGUGAAUCCUACAAAAUUAGAAGAAGAAAGUGAAGAAUCCAGAGGAGAGGAGUAUACAAAAACAUCUCAAAGUUCAAUAAUCCAAAAUGAACUAAAAGAAUUGCAAUUGGUAGAAUCUUCAGCUUCUUCUGCCAGUACCUCAAGUGCCCAUAGAUUAGAUAUUUUAAAGCAGCAUCAGCAUGGUGAUAAACUGGAAAAACUGAAAGAACGAAUUAGAAAGCAAUGGGAGUGUUCAGACGAACUGACUGUCAGAGGACAUAAUCCUGAAUAUUCUGAUCAUCCUGUAACUAUUACAGCUCCUGAAAAUAUAGUGACUCCUAAAAUCAGAAAAGUGGCAAUAGCACCCAUGGUUCCCUCCUAUAAAGGUUUCAAUCCAUCAGAAGCCAAGAUUCGUACUCCUGAUGGAAAGGUAUGGUGUGAAGAGGAAUUUUUGAACCUCAGUAGAGAGUUAUGUCAAGAUUUAGAAUUCCAGUUGGCAGAAGAGGAUUUGACUGAAAUAAAGACACCUAUUGAAAAAAGAGAGAGAAAAGGACACAAACCAGUGCGUAAAACUCAGAAGAUUUCACAGGUCUCAAGUCCUUAUUCUAAAUCAGGUGGUGCCAACACAAUAAGUACAGCGUCCUGGAGAGAUGGACAAAGACUAGCAAAGAAAAUACUGGGUCCAGUGCCUAAAAUAGAGCAGCCAAACACUCAGAUGUUGUCUAGUGACAGGAAUGAAAAAGAUAAAUCUAUUAAAACUGUAUCUUCAGCUCAAAUAACAGAAGCUGACGGCAAUAUGCCUGUGGCUGUAAAACCCCUCACAACAUGUCCUGAGCGUUCAUUGAGCAAAAUAAGAGGAAAGAAUAACCUGAAGAAAAAAGAUGCUGCUCCUCACAAUGAGGGACUGGGAGAUGAUCAUGUAAAUAAGGAUUUCUUGCCAGUAGAAAUCCGUGGGAUUCUUGAUGAUCUGCAACUGGAUUCUGUAGCUCAGGAUUCAGAGAUGAGGAAUGAAAUAUGUCACAAUCAGGAAUCAGAACCACCCCCAUUUUCUAGAAGUCACAGUCCAGGCAAAAGAAAAUCAGACAAAGUUCCCACCAGUGAAGACACUCAGUUUAUCUUAAAGAAGCGCCACUAUGAUGCAGAUGAAGUGCGCCAGUAUAUUGUGAGACAGCAGGAGGAAAGGAAGAAGAGACAAAGUGAAGAAAAGAAAGCACAAAAGGAGGCAACACAGCAAAAAAAUAAAAGACUCCAGGAACUUUACAAGAAACAAAAAGAAGCCGUUGCCAAUAAAACAAAGACAACAUCAACAUCUGAAACGGUCACUAAACAAUUACAAGAAACUUAUUCUAAAUUGUUCAUGGAACAAACAUUGCUGGAGAAUCCAGCACUCUCUGUUCAAGAAGUUCAGUCCAAACCAGGAUAUCAACCAUCUGGAGAAUCUGAUAAAGAGAACAAGGCUCAGGAGCGUCCUGUUAGUGCAUCAUCCAGUAGUGAUAUGUCUCUCUCUGAGCCGCCUCAUCCUCUUGUAAGAGAUAAUACACUGGAGCCUUUAAGAAUUCAUCCAGAGAAGCUAAGUUCAAUAGCACAGUUUCCUAGCUCAAAAUCUGUUUUGAAUGGAGCUUUUUUCUCUCAGCUUUUAUCUUUGGAUAACAUGGGUAUCUUGCAAAAGGAUUUUGAAUCUGUAACAUCAAGCAGAAGGAACCAUAACACAGCUAUGGGAUCCAUGUCUUCAACUCCUCAGCCAUUUAUGUCAUCUACUGUACAACCCACCAUUAAUCAUUAUAAACAUAAAUUGGACCGUAUUGAAGCCCUAAAGGCAACUGCAGCCUCUCUUUCAAACAGAAUUGAAAGCGAAGCCAAAAAAUUAGCUGGGGCUGGCAUUAACUAUGAAGCAGCAUGGCAUACUGAACAUGACUUGUUGGAUCAAGGCGAUACCUGCUGGGCAAAAGCCAGCAGCCCUCCUGUGAGAGAAGAUGAUGUCUUUUCAGCCAGGCUUCAGAAAAUGUUGGCAACCUGCAAUUCGCAUACAACUUUUGAUGAUAACCCUCCUGGAAUGGAAAAUCUUAAUGAGUUUAAAAAGCUCCCAGAGUCUAUUAGUCCUCAUACAGGUGCUGUUGGUCUUCCAGGCAAUAAUAUACCUGAAGAAAUAUUAGGAAAUCUGUCUCAAAAGCAAACAUGCUCUGCUGGGCCUGAAAACAAACCUGCAGUUCCGAAUGAUAGUGCGGAUUCCAUAAGUGAAGGUCUACUCAGCGAUGGUCUUCUCUCUGAGGAAGAAGGUGAAAAGCCUUAUAAUCCAUCUUUGAAGAUUGCUGAGGCAUUAAACGAAAAAGAGUUCUGUGUUGCAGAUAAAACUGGUUUUGAAGCCAUAAAAGAAUUUCAGAAGGAGGCAGAAAAUUAUUUACCUAUUUUCACACAGAUUAGGAAUGGUCCAAAACCGUGGGAAGAACUUGUCAAGGGAAGUCCACAUAGUGUGAUCAACAUCUUUACAAAAUCUUAUCAGUUGUAUGGGAAAGGAUCUGAAGAACAUGCAGGACAGGGAUCAUCAACACAUCGACCUUUACUUCCUGCCAUGAGCUCUCCAGAUAGUAUUGCUUCCUAUGAGGAUGAUUUCAUCUCAUCAGUGGACAUAAAGUCUACACCUGAGCACAGUGCCACAAGUAGUACCAGCCUGAAAGGAGAGCUUACCAGUAAAAAAUUGCCUUAUGAUCACCAAACUAUGGAAUUAACCCAUCAUUCCUCAGGACCACUAUCUUCAGGUUCUUCUCGUACAUCCGCAUCUUCUAAAAGAAGAGGAAGAAAAGAAAAGACAGAAUCAUUAAAUGGAUUUCCAAAUGACUCUCUCUGGGAAAAAAGCAAAGCAUCCUUAGGAUCAGACUAUGGUUUGGAACAAGCAAAACACUUACUAUCUAGUAACGCAGUGUCUAACAGAGAACAAGAAGUGAACCCAGAUUCUGACAGUACUGCAGAGGAACUAUCUGGUCACUCAUUAAGGAGUCUCCCAGAUAAAGUUAGAUCACCAAGAACAAUAAGCUCUCCUCAGUCUCCAAACAUACAGAAAAAAAUGGAUCCUGUAGGAAAUACAGCAGAAAAACUUAGAUCUUUAAAUUCUUCUAGAAACGUAGCUUCUGGAUCUAAGCUAAAUCCUGACUUCUCUGACUUAAGUAUUGGAAACAACAGGACUGGAGCCAAUAUUCUGAAUGGUUCCAUGCGCUUCUCACCUGCUGGUCUCCAGCAUCGUAUGUCUGCAGAACUUAACUACCUAAGCACUAUUGAAGAGUCGGUACACCAACUCUCUGAUAUAGAACGUGUGCGAGGGAUAUCACUUGCACAACAGGAAAGUGUUUCUCUGGCUCUAAUAUUAAAGUCCCAGCAGCAGAGACAUGAGAGGGACUUGGCUCUUCUAACGCUCAAGGCAGAGCAAGAAAUGUUGGAAAAUCAAAGGAAUCUGGAAGAGGCAAAACAAAAAGCAGCUCAGGCCCAUGCAGAAUCAUUACAUCAGUUGGCACAAUCACAUCAGGAGGCAGCUGAGACUCUACAGGACACCACAUCUAAGAUUGCAACUCAUCAGCUGGAGACAGCCCUGUUGACUGCAGAUACUGCUCGUCAGAUACGUGAAAUGACAGAACGUGCACGUUUCCAGAUCUCUGAUGCAGUUGGUACUACUGCAGCUCCAGUUACCACAUUAUUUGACCAAGAAUGGAAGCACGGUUCAGCUUCCUCAAAGCAAUUAAAACUUCACAAUAUGAACAGAAAAGCAGAUUCAAUCAGCACACCAUCAAGUAGGGAGGAGACAAAUGACUCAAAGCAUCAUAGUUUGCAUGCAUUUGAUAGCUAUUCAGAAUCAUCAAGAUCAAAGGCACAUGAUCAGAGUAGUAGCAGCAGUCGGCAGGAAAGUCCAUCUUCUAAGGAAACCAAGAAACUUUCUCAUCGUGAAAAGCCAAGCAGUUCCAUUGAGGAGGAAGCUCCCACAGCAAUCAAUGAUUCACUGCAGAAUAUCAGUAUCCCAUCUAUUCAUGACGAGAGAGAUUCCACUUCUGUUGCCACAGAAUAUUCCCUAAAAUUUGAUGAGUCUAUGACAGAAGAUGAGAUUGAAGAACAAUCAUUCCGGUCUUUGUUGCCUUCUGAGAGCCACCGUCGGAUCAAUCUGAAGAAACGAAAUCACCAAAUUUAUUCUGAUGAGGAGGCUUCUCCUGGAAAGCCUGCCCUGUCACCUAUUAAGGAGCUGAACCUGCCAUUUUCAGCAGGGCAAGACAGUUUUUCUAAAUUUACAAUGGAAAUGGUACGGCAGUACAUGAGAGAAGAAGAAAUGAGAGCUGCCCACCAAUCUUCGCUGCUCCGAUUACGUGAAAAGGCACUUAAAGAGAAGACUAAGGCUGAACUAGCUUGGCUAGAACACCAGAAACGACAUUUACGAGAUAAAGGAGAAGAUGAUAAAAUGCCACCUAUCCGGAAAAAACAACGUGGCCUGCUUCUUAAACUUCAGCAAGAGAAGGCAGAAAUUAAGCGCCUUCAGGAAGCUAAUAAGGCAGCACGGAAAGAAAGGCAACUUAUUCUUAAACAGCAGGAAGAAAUUGAACGGAUACGCCAAACCACUAUGAAAUUACAGGAAAAACUCAAGUCUGCAGGAGAAAACAAGGAACACCGCAGUGAAGAUGAUAAAAAACAAACACAUUGCUCAGGUCCUCAGCCAACUGACGCAGAGGCCUAUAGCCCUUCCUCCAUUUCCAGUUCUGAGACAAGUAGUAUCAUGCAGAAAUUAAAGAAAAUGCGGAGUCGAAUGGAUGAGAAACACUGCUCUCCUGUUCACUACUUCUUCUCUGUCUUUACGUCUCACCACUGGGCUUCUCUCAGUGUCUGUUUUCCCAACCUCCAUCCCAAAUUCCAGCUGUAUAUCUACAACCAAUUGUCUUCUUGCAAAAGCAGUGUAUCUCUAUCAAAGCAAGAGUCAAAUAAACAAACACAGAAGUCUGGAGGAAAGCAGCUGUCAUCUACAAAAUCGCAGGAUAUCUCAUAUAGUUGGUCUGAUGAGUCUUUAUCCAUGACCCAAUCAGAAACUACAUCUGAUCAAAGUGACAUUGAAAGUCGAAUCUGGGCUCUGAAAAAUGAAGUGCGGAAAAAAAAGUCUGUUGUUUAUAGACUGAAAAAAGAACAGAAGAAGAGGCUCAAAGAGAAACUUAAAGCUCAAGAGGCAAGUUUGAUCAAACAGUUAGAGACUUAUGAUGAAUUCAUCAAGAAAACGGAAGAAGAAUUGAAUGAGGAUUUUGAGACAACACCAACAGCUAAACCUCAAAUCAAAACUCCAUCUUUAGUUAUUGAGAAACCAAAGCUCAAACCCCCACCACUUCAUAGGUCUGAAACAUCCAAAAGUUGGAAAUCACUCACUGAUUCUGAACGUUCUAGAGGAUCUUUGGAAUCUAUUGCGGAACAUAUUGAUGCUGUGCCACCUUCUGAACAAUCUGUGUCUGUAAACAGCAUGAAAUUAACAGAAGCAGAGAUUCAAACAGAGAAGCAGUCUCAUACAGCAUCCACAGUCCUCAAAAUCCUAAGAAAAUCUUCAGCAGAAUCUGACAAUUUGGAUAGUUUACUCCCAUCAGCUAUUCUCAAAGACUUAGGAAACGCGAGCAAAAUAUCUCCCAUAUCACUGACUAAGUCUGAAGAUGCAGUGAGUUAUGACUGUCCCACUACCAGAUCUAUAGUGCAAGCGAUAGCAGAAUCAAAAGAAUUAGAGGUUGAAAUAGCCUCCCAGGCUUAUGAAAUAUCCAGUGCCUCCGUUUUUGAUUUAAAUCAAAACAAUUCAGUUCCUUUAAAGAGAGAGGUCCCUCCAGAGACUGAGCUGUUGGAAAAGAAUCAGUUUGUCUUGGAAUGCAUAAGUGUGCAGGAAAUCAAGGAGAUGCCAAGUGAAAGGUUCAAUGAUGAUGAAAGUAUUACAUCAGUCAAAUCUGUUUCAGAACAGAUUUCCAUUUGUGAAGAGCAAUCAUAUUCUAGUGAUUUUGAAGAGUCUUCCUUAGGAACAGAUAUAUCAAAAAGUGAUAUAGUUCUUACUGAAUAUCAAAGAGAUAUUUUUCAAGCACCUACAUUAUCUUUCAGACAAGAUACAGGAUCACAGGGAGAGAACUCCUUGUACACAAGGCCUCCUAGGAGUGAAUCCCCUGGUUUUGGAAGCGAGGAUGAAAUAAGUGAAUGUCUCAGUGAAAAAUCUUUGUCUGUAGCUGAUAGCAUUCAAUCAGAAAGAUUGUUAGAACUCAAGUCACCAACAGAAUUUGUGAAAAAUAAAGAUUGUGGUGAUGUGGAAAAAGAACCAUUUGAUGAUGAUGAUGAUUUAUGUUGGGCUUCCAGUUUCAAGGCAUCAUCAGAAAAGCAAGAAGAUAUUUUGCGAGGUUUCAGCAUUGGUGACCGAGUUGUUGUGAGUAAUGUAUACUCUGGAACGCUGAAAUUUAAAGGUUGGACAAAUUUUGAUAAAGGUUUUUGGGCUGGUGUAGAAUUGGAUGAACCAGAAGGAAACAAUAAUGGUUCUUACAAUGGUAUUCAAUAUUUUGAUUGUAAAGAAAAUCAUGGUAUUUUUGCCCCUCCACAAAAAAUAUCUCUUUUUUCAAAAAGUUUUGGUAAUGACUUAGAUUCAAAUGAAAAUUCUUUCUUUAAGCAUGAACAAGAUAAUCAACACAAAACAAAUCGGGAAGGCUCAGGCACUCUUGAAAAAGAAAAGAAUAAAAGAAAUACAAAUGAGAAAUCUCCAAGAGAAUCAUCUGCCUUAAAAGGCUCAAUUGGAGCUGGAGAUUAUGUAAAAUUCAAUAAAUCAAGUGACUGUCUGGUAGUUAUUAGUACUAUUGAUGGGUUUGAUCAAGAAACCAGUGGCUUUGACUCUCCCAAAUCCUCUAAAAAUGAUAAUGGUAUGUUACCUCCUGCCAUUUCUAAGAUCCACAAAGAAGAUUCUGCUAUUGAAGUUGGAGGGGAUUUGGACAGCAACUUUCCUGGGAAAUGGAAGCACCGGUCAGUGUGGCAAGAGCAAACAGAAACCAGGUUUUCUCCCAGUAAUCUGGAAAAAUCUGCAACGCCACUUCUGGACUUAUUGACAAAAGAAAGAAGCCAACUAGAAGCCCAACUUAAAGUCCCAUCCCAAGAAAAGGAAGAUCUACUAGAUCGAGAGGAAAGAGUUGGUUUAUUGGCUGACAGUCUCCUGCAAGGUUUUGUGAAAGACACAGUCAGUCAAUUUCAGCAAAUCAAAAAGGCAAGGAACGAGAAGAUCCAUUUUAGCAAUCAAGGACUCAGUGCUGUCCAAGAAAAUAACUUGGCAACUGAUGAACAGCAGAGGUUUUUAGUGGUAUCAGAAUUGGAUGAUGGAGAAGAAGUAUCUUCCCCAGAUAUGUGUCCCAGACCAGAAAGCCCUGUAUUUGGUGCCAGUGGACAGGAAGAACUUGCCAAGAGGCUGGCAGAACUGGAACUUAGCCGGGAGUUUCUGAAUGUGUUAGGAGAUGACCAAGAUUGGUUUGAUGACGAUUUUGGCUUGAGUUCACAUAAGCUCCCUCAGAACCAAGUUGAAGAAUCAGCAGUAUUACCUAAGAUAGAACUGCCAAAAGUGUCCCCAAAGCCAUGUGAAGAACCUUUGGCUGCACCAUAUCUUGCAGAAGAGGUGGAGGAAUUGGUGCAUGCAGCAGCUGAGAAGCUAUGGAAAUGCAAAGAGUUGGGGUUUGAUCUUCAGGCUCUCAGUAACCCCAGAGACAUGAAUGAAUACCCCCAAAAUGAUGACAUUGAAACUGUUAGUAAACAAAUCUACGAAAAGGCUGUGUUUGAUUUAACAAGAGAGAUUUUUGAAGAAAUCUUUGCAGAAGAUCCAAAUUUGAAUCAGCCAUUGUGGAUGAAACCCAGCAGGAUCAUUUCUGGUUACUUUCGACGAGUAAAAGAUCCAAGUGAUCUUGAAGAAAUAAAAGUCUUUAUAACAGCUGAGGUUUUAAAGCUCUUAAAUUUGAGAAAGGAAUCAAAUAAUAAAACAGACUGGCAGAAAAUGAUGAAAUUUGGACGGAAAAAAAAGGAUAGAGUGGAUCACAUAUUGGUUCAAGAAUUGCAUGAAGAAGAGGCUCAGUGGGUGAACUAUGAUGAAGAUGAGCUGUAUGUGAAGAUGCAGCUAGCAGAUGGGAUUUUUGAGGCCUUAAUUAGAGACACUAUUGAUCUCCUCAAUCAGAUCUUUGAAAAACAGAAAAUGUUUGUCUAACAUCAAACCAUAUUUUUGUUCAAAAUUGAUUGGCUGAGAAGUGAUACGUCUCCUCUUCCUGUGCUGCCUUUGGAUCUCCUACACUGGAUUUGUUCCAAAAAGGCUCCCACUCCCCUAGUAUGUUUUUGCCAAUUCAGUAUGUACAAUAAUACUUGGCAUUUGUUCUUUCAAUAUUGGCAGUUUGCAAAUGGUUGGGGUGGAGCACCAAGAACCAAACGAUGGAAAACUCAAGUUACUAGUAAACAUUCUUCAUGUUAAUAACUGCUCUACUUUGUUUUAUGUGUAAUUUAUAAUUGUUUUCUGACUUAACAAUGUAUAUGUCAGUCCAACCAAGUAUCUGCUCCUCACUCUUAUGUAAUUUUAAUCUUUUUGUCACAUUGUGGAUCUUCUGUCAUUGGAUUAAUGCAUGAGGAUCUGAGGAGUCAUGCCUCCUUUUUUCAACUAAAUUUUUAUUUCCAUUUCUUAAACAGUUAAUCUGAGAUGCUUUUUUCUACUUUUCCACUAUAUUUGUUUUUUCCUCAGUGAACCACCAGCUGUUCCUCAGUAAAUGGUACUCAGGAUUCUCUCAGGAUUUUAAUAUGUGAGAGAUAGGAAAAAAUGCUUACAUAAUGUGGGCCACUGAUCCCUUUGAUUCCUCCCUUGCUUACCACCUUACUGUAAUGUACUGGUGAAACCAUUUACUUGAACUAGCUAGGGUUAGGAGUGUAUGUACCAAAGAGAGUGAUACCCAGUGCUUGACUCUGGACCUGAUUUUUUUAUGCUUGUGACAUUUGUUAUAACUUAUUUUAUAACUCCUAAAAAAAUAAUGGUUGAGUGCUCUGUGGAUGCACUGUUACAGGAUUUAAAACGUCAGAAUAUCUGUACAUUAGGAAUGCAUCUGUCUUAUAAAAAUGAGGUAUCAUACUAUGUGCAAGAAAUGCAUCAGAGAUGAGAGUCGACAAAGAUCCAAAUGCAUGUUUUUUUCUCCUCUGUGGGGUAGAAACGGAUUGUGAAGAGGCCCAUGUUAUAUUAAACUAAUGUACUUGGAAAGGAAAAUAGGAUGUCAAAGGCCCUUUUGCCAAGAUUUCCAUGACUAUUAGAGUGGGCCACUGUCAAACCCAGUGUGGCUUAUACUGCCUCCAUGCCUCCUCUCCCACCCCCAAAGUUUUCUCCAGGGAAUACAAAAUAAUGUAGGCUUGACUACUGAUGCCUUAAUUUGAAAUCUGGAUUACUUGAGGAAAUAUUGAAUCAGAGUGGAUUCAAAAUCUGUUAAUCUAUCCCAGCAGAGAUCGUGUUCCAAAGCAUAGGAGAAGGCAUUCCAAAGAGUCUAUGCGCCUAUUUAUGCCCUUUUUCCUUUCAUCUUUAGUUUCUUGGUCUUCCAGUCAGUAUAUGUCUGCAAGUACUCUCUCGUGGAUCUCUUUUGAAACUUUUUUUUAUUUGUUUGCUGUUUGCACAGUAACACACAACCAAGAUAGCUCCUUUUAACCAGAAAAUAUAAAAAAAACGUUGUUGGCAUACAAUCAGAACUGCUCAUAGGUAGAUUGACAGAAUCACAUUUGUAAACUUGGGAUGAUUAAUUAUACUGAAAUGGGCUAAAGGAACAAAAGACAGAAUAACUAGCACAUAGACUUUAGUAGCAUGUAAAUGUCAAUUUUAAACAAAUCUGGUGGAGCAAGCUGCUAUGAGUUAAGUACUUUUCAUACUGAACCUCAGAAUGUUUUUAAUGCAUAUUUAAUACUUAACUGGUUUUUUUCUGUUUUGAAACAAAUGAGGCCAUUUUCUAACAGUUUUAGGUUUUGCCAUUUUGGGGUCAUCCAUGUCUUGCCCUACCUACAUAGCUAAAUUAUGAGAAUCAAGGGAAUAUCCAAGCAAAGAGGAUGGGGGAAGUCAUGAACUUAAACUGAUAACUAUUGAUCAAGCAGAAUGUUGACAUGACAGAAUGUUGAUUAAAGCAAUAGAAUAAUAUAUACAAUAAAUUGCUUAACUCAGAUUUGUUGCUGAGGAACGGGGCCAACAUAUGGUAUAGAUUUAAACUGAGAGAACUGUAGCUAUUAUAACAUUUUUUGCAAGGCAACAAUUACUUGAGCAUGAAUCCAGGUACAUUCUAGCAACAAUUUUGGCUGUGAAGGAAUGGUGUUCAACAUUGCCUUAUCAGGCCCAUAUAUACCAGAAAGGGCAACCCAUUCAGGCCUUAUAUGGCAUUUUUCGUCUGUCCCACAACUGUAUGUGGCAUAGUUCUGGGAAUUCACUUUAUCCUUAAAGAUACUUCUGACUGCUCACUACAUGCAACUAAGUUUCAGCUAAAUUGACCUAACGACUGAACUGCAUGUUAUCAAAGCUGCACAAUUUCUAGUUUUGUAUCAGGCUGGUAUGGUGUAGGCUGUUAAGGGCGGUUAACACUGGGAUUCUUGAGAAAGAAAUUCCCUUUUGGCUGAAGUGUAAUUAUUCUAAUCACAUCUUGCAAUUGAAUAGAGUGGGUGAGAAACUUGAGGAAAGAGGAGGAAAGAGUGCAUAAUGACUUGCCUUAAAUAGCUGUUCUGGGCAACCUCCUUUUGUUCAUUUCACUGACAUAUUAAGGAUGUGUUGUUUCCCAAAUCCCCUUUCUGCUGCCUCUAUCCAGAUGACCCCAAAUAUUGAUGCCUCUAUGGUUUUUUUUCCCCUGCUAGGGAAGGGUUAUACUGAGGUGCUCUCUCAUAAAAAGGGCUGGAGAAUUGAGCUCAAAUACCUGUUGAUUUCAGUGAUUCUGGCUACCAGAUUCAACUUUUGCACCAUCUCACAGAAACAACCUACUUACUAUUAUAGUUUUCUACAGUGCUUAAUUAUUCCUGCAAGUGAGAUUGGAGAGCCAUGCAGCUACUCUGAAAAACACCUAAAAACAUUUUUUGGGAUUCACUAUAAUACCUCUAGCUCACUUUGAAAAAUCUAUGUGCGCAUAAACAUGAAAUACAUGCUGUUGUUACCUACAGAUUCAUGAAAUCACAUACCUGAAUGUCAUUCCCCCACUUUUUUUUUAUUUGCAUGCAAAUGCAGGCAUGAUCAUUGUGUAUACUAAAUGUGAAAGUGAAUUUUAACAUAGUGCCCAGUGAAUCCUUUGGAAAGUUGUCCUUUUCCCAUCAGAGUUUGGAAUGGACUUAAGCAGCAUAGAGGAGUUUAAUUAUGACAAAGAAUCACUAAUUGUCUUGGAGAGUAUAUCCUGAAUAUAUGAAAUUAUAUUAUGCCCAGCCAUCAGAAUUCACUUUAGAGAAAAAUGCUGACAAUAAUAUGUAUAUAUGGAGAGAGAGCAGCUAGAAAAUAUGGACUGUUGGUGCUCUUUUAUUCUAUAUUAAAAUGAAUUUUAAUUCAUUAAACAUUAAUGUGAAUUUUUGAGGAAAAUUGCUUACCACAAAAUGUAUGCAAAUAUAAAGAGCAACAAUCUUUGUGGCUCUGUUCCUGACCUAUAGAUUUAAGAUAAAAUUCUGAAGAUGUCCUAUUAAAGCUCAAUUUAAAUGCAAAAACAUCACCAAAAAGAUUAUUUUAUGUGUUAUUGUAUAAUCAUUUACUUCAAAGGGAGGCUUGAAUAGGACAGUAGUUCCAUGGAUUGUAAGCUGCCGCCUUUCAGUGCUCCAGUAUUUCCGAAAAUUUAACAGCAAGGUUUUAUGGCCUGUUUGGCAAGGGGGAGGAGGACAAAUGGAUGAUCUUUUAAAAAAAACACGUGGCCUUAGCAUUUUUUGCAAUACUUGAAUAAAAGUGUGUAUUCACUAAAGAAAUACCAUAGCACAGCAUUCAGAGACCUUUGAAGUCACUGCACAGUAAAGCCUUUUUUUUCAAGCAAGUUUGUUAUUUAAUCAGAAUUGAUUGACUUGUGUUCCAGCAGCAAAAACAGUUUUGACCGUUGUAAAGUAAUUCUUUGUAAAUUGUACAUUGUCAAUAUAAACAAGCAAAACUCAUCUGAAUUAAUGUAAAAGCUCAUGGAUAAAGAAUGAAAAACUCUAUAACACAUUGCAGUAAAUAAACGUUUUGAGAGAGCCUUUGCUGUACAUCUGCAGAGUUGUCUUGGAGAAACUAUUCUUCCUUGCAUACUGUGCUGUGCAGAUACUGUUUCUGCCUAUGUGUUUAUGUAAGUAAGUUAUUCAUAGGUUUCCAGGCCAAUUUCAGCCAAUGUACGCACUUCUUUGUGUAGUACGGCUUGGUAGAAUACAGGGUGUUAAGGUUCAUGUACUUUUGAAAUGUAAAAUAAAACAGUAUAGUCUCUUUACACCAAUGUAAAUACCUUUGUUAUAUUGAGAUGUACUUUAAGAGAAUAAAAUCUGUAAAUAAAGUGAUUUAUAAAUUAUCCAAAUAGUUUAUCAGUUGUUAAAAUAAAGUACAUUUGUUCAUAUGC